CGCGAAAUCCGGGCAAUUGCAAGUCUGCAUCUCCCAUGUCUCUAACCACACUUCUCGUUGGCAAGCAUGUCUCUUACAUACAAAAUCUGGGAAAGUUUUAGAACAAAGACCUUGCAUACCAUCGUACGACCCAUCUGCGAAUGAAUGGCAUUUACUGGGGUCUCACUGCGUUGCACAUCAUGGGCCAUCCUGAGGCACUGGAUAGGGAUGAGAUGAUUGCCUAUGUAUUGAGCUGCUGGGAUCAAGAGGCGGGAGCAUUCGGUGCACAUCCCGAACACGAUGCACAUCUGCUCUCUACGCUGAGUGCCAUCCAGGUUCUGGUCAUGCAAGAUGCUCUUGACAGAAUCCCAGAUCUUGAACGGUUGGUGACGUGGAUUCUGUCAUUACAGCAACCCUCGGGUGUUUUUGCUGGUGAUACCUUUGGCGAAUUCGAUACGCGUUUCACUUUUUGCGCUCUCAAUGCUCUCUCACUCCUCGGUCGUCUAAAUCAUUUAGACGAAGAGAAAACCGUCGAUUAUAUCCAACGUUGUCGCAAUUUCGAUGGUGGUUUUGGGGCCCAAGCAGGUGCGGAGAGUCAUGCUGCUCAAGUUUAUACGUGUCUCGGAUCCUUAGCGAUCCUCGAUCGCCUCGAUCUUGUUGACAAGUCCGCACUCAGCUGGUGGCUAGCCGAACGACAGCUUCCUAAUGGAGGGUUGAAUGGCAGACCAGAGAAACUCGAAGAUGUAUGUUACAGCUUCUGGGUUUUGUCUUCUUUGGCUAUCCUGAAUAAGGUCCCGUGGAUUGACGCUGAGAAGCUCACGGCGUUCAUUCUGUCUGCCCAGGACCCGGACAAUGGCGGAAUCGCCGAUCGUCCUGGAGAUGUUGCUGAUGUUUUCCAUACAGUUUUUGGAAUAGCAGGUCUAUCAUUAUUAGGAUACCCCGACUUAGUUGACCUCGAUCCUAUUUACUGCAUGCCUGCGAAAUUGAUCGAGAAGAUGGGUCUUCGAAAGGAUUGGAAAGCACUAGAACGAAGGACAGAAUAACAUCAUAAUUCAAGGUAGCAGCAUGCUGUGCAGAUCGGACCGAUAUCCCCUGGAAUAUGAGGUUUUGGGCACAGUGCUCGAGGAGUG